AUGGCGACAACCACAGUAAAUAAUGAAUCAAUACCAACUUCAAAGGCUUUGACGUCAGUGGAAAUCAUCAGCACAAUCAAAUUUACAACAGUCAGUCAUUCAACAUCUACCAUUAUUCCCCUUUCAAAUACUACUGUCACUGUGAUAAUAUCACCUACAACUCCUCAGUGUGAGAAGUGCCUGACUGAGUGUAUCCGGGGUACCUGUUUAUUCAAUGCGACAUUUGGAGGAUGUCAUUGCCACUGCCACCAUGAUUUUGUCAAUGGAGAUUCCUGCUCUUUUGGAAACAAUGACACCCCUGCUCAUGUUGAUACCGGAGCAUUACCAACUCGAAAUGCAACUGUGACUUUGGAAAUAAACAUCACUUUUCAGGCGGCUUUUAAUAAUCUAAACUCACCUCAAUCAUUAGAAUUUAUCAAGAAAUUUGAACAGCAGCUUGAAGCCUUAUGUAAAGAAGCAGAUCCACAAACAUUUAAAAAAGUACAAGUCAUCAAGUUAACACGAGGAAGUGUUGUUGCAGAGAGCGUGGUGGAGUACAUCUAUCCAAACAAUGAAACUCAAAUCCAGUUUGUCAACAAUCAGCUUGUUGGGGUGUUGACUGGUAUCUUGAAUGACUCAAGUAAACUCAUUCAUAUUUCUCAAGCCUUUGAUAAUUCAACUGUGAAAUUAAAUAAACUCAUCUUCCACACACCUGAGAUAACAAAUAUCACCGAUCUGAUGCCUUUUGUAAACUGCUCUGGGUUUGCUAAUUACACUGCUGAGCUUGUUAAUGGUCAAUUGCAGUGUGCUGGACAUUGCAAAACAAACCCUGAUUACUGUCAUCAACAUGGUGAAUGUCGCAAUGACAUUUAUAAAGGGCCAACCUGUAGAUGCUUCAAUUCUAGCCUUGAGCAGUUUUAUGGCCCACAGUGUAACUCAUCGACAGAGCAACAAUCUACAUCUGUCACGACUAUGACUCCGACAGGAAAAAUGGAAUCAACAGUAAACAUCUACAACAAUGACGUCUUCGUCGACAGAACAACAAUCUACAUCUGUCACGACUAUGACUCCGACAGAAAAAAUGGAAUCGACAGGGUCAACGUCAACACUUACCUCAAAUGGAGGAAGAAGCACUACCAACACUGGUCAUUCCACAACGACAAUCAAUUCUACCACAAGUACAACGGUCAUACCAAGUUCACCAUCUACAGUCCCUCCACAAACUACUCCCUCAACUCAAACAUCUCCUGGACACGAAAUUGA